CCAACUUCUCUUGGUAGUCACUACAGUGGUCAGGAUCAUGACGGUCAAGUUACAUUGCUCAGCGGUAUUCAACGUUGGACCGUGCCUUGCACAGGCAACUACAGAAUAGAGGCAAUAGGAGCUGCAGGGGGAUAUGGCAUAAGAAGCAAUGACCAGUAUCGCGGCAGAGGUGCCAGAUUAAGAGGAACUUUUCGCUUAUCCAAUGGAGAAACAAUUAAGAUACUCGUUGGUCAACAGGGAAGUGUUACCCUUAAUGCGUCAAGCUCAGGAGGUGGAGGAGGUACGUUUGUAGUGAGAGGAAGCAACACGACUUUGAUAGUAGCUGGAGGAGGUGGUGGCUUAGAAACUGCUACAUCAAGACAUUUAGGAUGCGAUGCUUCCACAAGCACAGCAGGGAAUGCUGGGUACAGGUCAUGGCCAGGAGGGAGCGGUGGAAGAGGAGCAACGACCGCUGACAGUGAUAACUCAGGUAAGCUAAGUGUGUGAAAAGUUAAGUUAUGCCACCCCGACAGUGGCUAUCUAUGCUAACCUUCGAAUCUAACUUCAUCAAACUUACGUUACAAACGUUUAAAAACGUUUACCUUAGCCUUUAAAGGUCUUUUAAGCUUGGGCGCUCUGUCACUUUCACAGUUUCGCGUUAUACCGCGCAAUUAAAUGUUUUUAGGAGGUAAAAUGAUAAUUUACACCAAUCGCAGUGAUUAAUAGUUCAGUAGAGACCUUCAAUUGCUAAAAAUGUUCCAAUUUGAAAAAGUCGAUAGUUUUCAACCGAAAACUGUAGUAAGCCACCUUAAAGGUUGUUGACUUUGGCAAACUGUAAGGUGGCUUUUUCUAGUUGCUUCGCGUGGGGUGCCCAUCGAGCCCGAGCCCAUCUCACUUUGUACGCGCGAGAGAAACAAAGCAAAUAUGGCGGCGCCCAUCUAUAUUUUCGUGUAAGUUUGCUUUUGUUCAAGAUUUACUCAACAGUAAGCUUUGUUUAAGAUAACAUUAGUUUUUUUUAUCAGACAAUAUAUACUGUAAAAUCUUUGCUUAAACGCAUAUUUUCAAGAGUGAAAAAACCUAAGCUCAAUGCGUAAAUUUCAAAAGGAAUACUCGCAUGUGAACUGUGAUUGAUCUUGACAGGGGUUGGAAAAGCAAGGACUCGCCCUAACUACUAGCAAAACUUAAAAAACAAGAAGCCAGAGUUCUACCUCAGUCAACCAUAGUUUAUUUUCUUGGCUAUAUAGUGUAUCUUCAAUCAUGUUUUACUCCACGGCUACUCUGUAGCGCUCUUACGAGAGUGACGAAAACUGACUUGGAAAAAGUUAAGCCGACAUGAGUCUCCUUCAAAUAAUUUCGUCUAUAUGCCAAUUCGAUUUUUUUUUACUUAUGUUGAAACGUGAGUCCAGAUGGCUAUAUUUUCAGACUACCAAACGGGUUUACUGAACCUUAUAAAAACGCACAAAUAUGCGCGCGUGUAAUUUUCUCUCCUCUACAAGGACUGUAAGAAAAAUCACCAGAUGCCCGUAAGCGUACACGGUAAAAUCAGAGGUAGUCAAGAAAAAAAGCGCAUGAGUAACCCGCGAUCUUACAGAGUUCAGACGCAAACACGGAAACGCGAGUUGGAAUUUUUCAAACCUCGAAGCAUUUUACUAGAAGUCAGCGCCGGUGACCCCCUCUUUUUAUUGUCUUGAUAUUUUACUAGAGUUAGGAGGAAACGACAGAAAAAUAAUGAAUUAAUUCUAUUCUAUUUUUCUCCUUUUACAAAAGAUCCGUUCGAAGAAUUUUUUAUAAUCAUUGUGAAUUUUUCUUCUCUAAUGCCAAACUAGCUAUGGUAAAAAAUACGGUUCACUGGCUUACUUUCAAGUGAUUUUCAAUGAAAUGCAGGGAUGCCAAACGCGUUAGGAUACGUUGCCAUGGUAACCGUUAGUUAAGAAAGUGUUGUUAUCGCCGGCUUCGUUCUCUGUACUUUCAAGUGGUAAAACCGCCAAAAAAGGUGAAAACUGGUACGAGGCACCUUAAAUAAAAUGGGUAGUAGUCGCCUUUAUAAUUGACAAAUUAGUAUUUAGAAGAUAAGUAACAUCGAGACCCAAACUCCUUUCGGAAGAAAUCCGGUUUCCUGAGAAUCCAAAGAGGCAUUUCAGUGGUUUACGGUGGUACAUCUUCUUCUACCAAUACAUUCAUAUUGCUAUUUUUAAAAUUAAAGAAGACUCAAGAAAUCCGCCUGCGCAUGUUACCUGUUGUAGGUGAAGAGUUUUUUAAUGUUAUUUGUAUUUUAGGUGGAGGCGGUGGUGGAUUUUAUUCCAGUGGAAGAAGCUCAACACAGUUCGGAGGUUCAAUGGGGAAUGGAGGAGAAGGAGGCAAAGGAUUUCUUCAGGGAGGAGUGGGUGGAAGAGCCUUGUAUAACAAUGCUGUAGGAGGAUUUGGAGGAGGGGGAGGUGCAUUUGGAAGUUCAAGCGGAGGGGGUGCUGGAGGUGGAGGAGGCUACUCUGGGGGAAGUAGUGGGGAUAAUGAGGGUGACUCCUGUGGAGGAGGGGGAGGAUCUUACAACACUGGAAAGAAUCAGCAGAAUGAAUGCUGUUAUAAAACAGCUGGGCAUGGUCAGGUGACCAUAACAUUAAUAUAG